GUGAUGCUCACCGCAGAUCUCGUUUGUCGCUUCCCUCUUUUCUCGCUCCUCAGCUGCAACAACCUGCGAACCAACGUCAAUUACACAUAAGUCAGUAACGCAGAAUGCCCAAGUCUAAGAGAGUGAAAGUGGUCAACCUGACCAAGACCGACAAGAAGACGAAAGAUCACAAAGUAGAGCUUGUUACGAAGAUCCGCGAAGCUUUGGACUCUCAUGACCACGUCUAUGUCUUUUCCGUGGAGAACAUGAGGAAUACUUUCCUCAAGGACGUUCGCAAUGAGCGUUCCAACGACCGCUUCUUCUUUGGCCGUGUGCGGGUGAUGGCCAAAGCUCUGGGAACAACAGCAGAGGACGAGCAGAAAGACAACUUGCACCUUCUUGCCGACAAACUCGUCGGAAACGUCGGCUUACUCUUUUCGAACGACGAUUUGGCGAAAGUGAAGGAGUAUUUUGAUGGUUUCUGGAAGAAGGACUACGCGAGGAGCGGUUGCACUGCGACCGAGACCGUUACCAUCGCGGAGGGUCCCGUCAUGCGCGGCGAGGACGGGUUUCCUCAUAACAUGGAGCCCCAACUGAGGUCGUUGGGUAUGCCAACGGCGCUUGUAAAUGGUGUUGUCACAUUACGAAGCGAGCACACGAUUUGCAAGGAGGGAGACGUUCUGACACCGGAACAAGCACAGCUCCUGAAACACUUCUUCGUUCAACAAGCCGACUUCCAUGUCCAGCUGAUAGCCCAUUGGACAAACGGAAAGUUCGAAGAGAUUGAACAGCCAGACGCCGACGCUAUGGCAUAGAUUUUUUGGGCGAACCUUUUCGAACGGCAUUCACCUCAUUUGCCUUACCAUCUCGCACACUCAUCGCACUACAAAUUCCGGAACCUUGCAAUCCUGGAGCACGCUGGUCCCUACCUGAACACACAGUUGUCUGAUGAGAGCAGUUCAUAGAUCAGUGUCUGAACUCGUCUAGUUCAUGCGAUCAGCUGUUUUAGUCUCACUUCUUGUAAAAGUGCUCAGUUUGUGAGUCUUCAUACCACAGCUGCCAGUAGGCUAGAUGAAGUGUGAUGGACGGGCGUAUGCAAGAUCUUCUUAAUUUAAAUGCAAUCAUGGAGCA